AUGGAUAACCACCAGGGUGUGUUCAGGAGAGAGUUAGUGGAUGUUCAGGGGAUCCCCCUUUUUUGGAGCACUGCUGAGCAGUGGUCUCAAGUGGAAACAUUUGAGGCCCGACCCGAUGACCUUCUGAUCUCCACCUAUCCUAAAUCAGGAACAACCUGGACCAGUGAAAUCGUGGAUCUGAUCUAUAACAAUGGGGAUACAGAGAAAUGUAAACGAGAUGUGAUCUAUAAGAGAGUGCCAUUCAUGGAACUCAUAAUCCCUGGAGUAACAAAUGGCGUUGAACAGUUGAAUAAUAUGCAGUCUCCUCGAUUAGUGAAAACACAUCUUCCUGUUGAACUUCUCCCUUCUUCAUUUUGGAAGAAUGAUUGUAAGAUGAUUUACAUGGCACGGAAUGCCAAAGAUGUGGCUGUAUCUUACUAUUACUUUUACCAGAUGGCCAAAAUACAUCCAGAGCCCGGAACCUGGGAGGAGUUCUUGGAUAAAUUCAUGGCAGGGAAAGUGAGUUUUGGUUCUUGGUAUGACCAUGUGAAAGGCUGGUGGGAGAAAAAGAGAGAUUAUCGUAUCCUUUAUCUAUUUUAUGAAGACAUGAAAGAGGAUCCAAAGGGAGAAAUUCAGAAAAUAUUAACAUUUCUAGAGAAAGACCUGCCAGAAGAAACUGUGAAUAAAAUCAUCUACCAUAGUUCUUUCAAUGUAAUGAAACAGAACCCGAAUGCAAAUUAUACCAGUAUGAACAAAGAGGAGAUGGACCAUUCUGUGUCUCCCUUCAUGAGAAAGGGCAUUUCAGGAGACUGGAAAAAUCAGUUCACUGUGGCUCAGUAUGAGAGAUUUGAAGAAAAUUAUGAAAAGAAAAUGGGAGAGUCCACAUUGAAAUUUCGAUCGGAGAUCUAA